UACACUCAACCGGUUUGUCAUGAAAUUGACAACAAUAUUCAUAAACAUUGUUUUUUUUAUGAGUUUGUAAUAACUGUAGUCCUAUUGAGUAGCAAAAAUGGCAAACGAUAGCGACAUGAGAUCGCUGCUGACGAUGUCGUCGAGCAUCGAAGGCAGCAUGUCCCCGCAGGUCCGCAAGUGGAGGAACAUCCCGCUGCACGAGCGGUGUUCCAUGAGCGACAUGGUCAAGAUAAAAGAAGUCUUCGAGACCACGUACGGGAAUAAGCUACUUCAAAACGAAUUUAGAAAUCUCUUAAAAACUCUGCUUAACGUAGAAUAUGAUGAUGAAGAGUUUAAAAUACUUUUUAUGAAGAUCAAUACGAGCCGCGACGGUGAAAUCAACUGGGACCAGCUGGUGUCUCACCUGCUGCUGGGCCACUUCGCCAGCGACCAGGAAGACCAGGGCGAGUCACUUCAGCUGCCUAUCAUGGGCCUGCCGAAGAUUAUGCGCUCGCAACACCGCCAUCCCAUCUCUAGAAUAUGCUUUUGUCCAGAUGUUGCUAAAGAUCGUAGUACGGACCCCAUGCAGGGCUGCUAUGUGACGGCCAGCCGCGAUGGAAUGCUCAGCUGGUGGUCGCUGGACAUGGUGCGCCUGCGCAGCGCGCAAUCUACAUGCCCUGCGCUGAAGGUGCGCUCCACGUGGGUGACGGACCUGGCGUGCAUGCCAGACGUCAACAUCGUGGUGACCAGCUCGACGGAGCGCGACUUGCGCUUCUACGACUGCAGCGCCGGCACCUUUACGCUCAAAAUCAUCAUUUCAAGCUGGGAGUACAUGAUAAGUACAAUGUACUACCACUUCGACAAGGACGAGCGCGAGGACUGCCUGCUGGUGUGCGGCGACGUGGGUGGGUACGUGCGCGUGCUCCGCUUCUCGCCCCUCAUGCGCGGCCCCUUCCGCAACCAGCCCGGCCGAGCGCUGCAGCAGCUGCGCCACGUGGACCUGCAGAAGCGGCCGGAUCUGCUGGCGGAGCUGCAGCUGGUGGAGUUCCCGCGCGCGCACACGGACUGGGUGCGCCAGGUGUCAUACUACGCAUCGCUACAUUGCGUCGUGUCGUGCGCCACGUGCCCCGACGCGCUGCUCAUGUGCGACCUCGCCGCCUCCCGUACUCACAACACCUUCCACAAUGAAAAGGGUAUCCAGUGCUUCGCGUUCGAGGAGGAGGCGCACGUGUUAGUGACGGGCGGGCCCGACUGCUGCGUGCGCGUGUGGAACUCGUUCGUGUCGACGGCGCCAAGCGCGUUGCUGCAGGGCCACCGCGCCGGCAUCAUUGCGCUAGUGCUGCAAGACCGCGCGCGCCGCGCCUACUCCCUGGCCAGGGACCGCACCAUCAAAGUCUGGGACCUGCAGGCGCAGGCUUGUCUGCAGACUUACAUCGACGUUCCGCCGCAAAUCGGCGAGCGCACGCCGAUCUCGGCGGUGUACAACCCGGCGACGCGCGAGCUGCUGCUGGCGGCGGUGAAGCUGGCCGUGCUGGUGCUGGACGAGCAGCUCAACCCGCUGCACACGGACGGCUUUACGCACUCCCGCGCCGUCUCCAAACUCCUCUACAACCCACUCUUCAAAGUCAUCAUCACGUGCGGCAUGGACAGUAUCAUUAUCAACUGGGAUCCUCUCAUCGGCAAACGCAACGUGGUGAUGCGGUCUGCGCACACGCGGCUGCUGCACGGCGAGCUGGUGCCGGUGGAGAUCACGGCCGCCUGCUUCGACCCCGCGUACCAGCUGCUGCUUACUGGCGCCCGGGACGGCACCCUCAAGACGUGGAACUUCAACACCGGUGUGAGUCUGCGGUAUUUGGAGAUCGAGCACAUGUGCGAGGUCACCAGCUGCUUUUGGAUCGAAGGAAGAAUUCUAGCGGUGGGGUGGAACCGGCACGUGACGGAGUUCGAAGACCAGGGGCUGGCGACGCAGGGCAAAAGCUGGGAGACGCGGCACCGCGACGACGUGCUGGCGGCCGCCGUGCGCAUCCCGCUGACCAUCGCCACCGCCUCCUACGCCUCCGAGUUGCUGCUCUGGAAGCUCGAGACCGGCCAGCCUUACAGGAGGUUUUCGUGCACGGAGCCGACGUUGCGCAUCAAGAUGCAGUACAGCAAGCGCACCGCCUCGCCGCAGCAGCCCGCCGCCGCCGCGCCCCACGCCCACAGGCCCUCCGCAAUAUUCCGUCCGAGGUCAUUUAUAUUUUUUUUAUUCUUUCAAGAGCUAAAACAUCAAUUCUAAGUUCCGUGUAGUGAAAAUUUGUGUAACCGUCUAAUCGAUCUUCAAACUUUGAAUAAUGAUGCGCUUUACAAAAAUGACUCAGUUUCAUAAUAGUUAUAUUCACCUGUGAAAAACCAGUACCGGACCUCAAACACAUCAAAGACCUGAGGGACGCUGAAAACCUGUUUAAGCUCACAUCGAUCUAAAUAAAAUCAGCGGCCGAUCGCCCGAAGAUUGUUGUAGAUAAUAUUAGUAAUGG